UGAAAACAAACUACAACUCUGAGAGUUUAGUUGUGGGUAAAGAAGGUAGAAGACAGGGGUUUGCUAAAGCUAGGGAUGAAUUGGAAAUGUAAGAGCCAGAGAAGCGUUAAAGUCAAAGUGACUGUAGCACUAGGUUUAGCCUUGCAGUAUAUGAUAUUUUGUCAACACCUCUGUUUGUCCCUUGCAUUCGUUAGACUGAUGCUUAUUCUCGCAGUUGACUGACCACUGUUGACACUUAAUUAAAAAGGUUGACUUAGGGGUUCGUUCGACUUCAACUUAUCCCAUAGAUUAGAUUAUUGGAACAAACAAACAAUCACCCUUCCCGUCCCAUCCCAUCCUGAUUUUUCAUCACUAUUAAACUCAGCUUCUUCUGCACUUGGCUGAUGGCUUCAUCAGUAUUAGUGGCCCAAUUAUGUUUACUGGUUGCCUUUGUAUUCCAUAAUCUUCAAAUCACAAGAAGCAAACAGGUUUGCGAUGUGAAGUCAUGCGGCGAAAUCGAAGAUAUUCAGUUCCCUUUCGGGUUGAAAGAAGCCAAUCAAGAGCCUCAGUGCAGCUAUUACCCUGACCCCAGUUUCCAUCUCUCGUGCAAGCGCAACAACCUCACUCAAACAAUCCUCACUCUCCCCAAAACAGAGGACUUGGUAAUCAAGAGCAUCGAUUACGAGGAACAAACCAUCCAAGUCAACGAUCCCAAAGGUUGUCUCCCAAAACGGUUCUUGCACAAUAACUGGGACCUUUCGGAUUCACCAUUCACGCUCGACAUCGCACGCUACAAAUAUUUCAAUCUGACCUUCCUCAGUUGCCCCUCAAACUGGACCAAAUCCACGGGGUCACCUAGAAUCGCAUGCCUCAGUGACAACACUGGAAACUCGGUCAUAGUCUUAGGGCUGCGUCCUAUUGACACGUCAUCAACGUGUGACGUGAUAUCCACGGCUCUUGUGCCGCUUCCGAUGGUGGAUAUGCCUCAGUGGCCAUUCUGGCCUGAUCUCAACCACGAUAUUGGCUUGGCUUGGACCCAACCUAGGUGCUCCCAAUGUGCGGUUAGUGGCCAACGUUGUGGCUUCGUCAACGAUAAAACUUCUCGAGUUGGAUGCUUUUCUACUCCCACCAAAAACCAAGCGUUGGAUAUUCAUGAUUGCGUGCAGGUCUUAGCAGCAGUGCCAAAUAUGGCUUAACCUUAGGAGUGGGAGUUCCCGGGCUCUUAUGUUUAAUUGGGCUUUCAUGCUUCAUUUGCGGUAAGGUCAAGGUUCAUAUUCAUCGCCGACGGGCGCUUGUUGAAGCCCACUGAUAAUACCUGCUCAAUAUGCCUCUGUGAAUAUGAGCCUAAAGAUACUUUGAGGACCAUACCUGAGUGCAACCAUUAUUUCCAUGCUGAGUGCAUAGACGAGUGGCUCAGAAUGAAUGGAACCUGCCCCUUGUGCAGGAACACACCGGGGGCAUUAUCUAGAGUUAACCCUUCUUUCUCUUCUUUGUCUCAUCACACUUCAUCAAUGUCCUCUACGCCAUAAAUAGUCCAUGCUUAUUCUAAUCCUCGUGUUUAUGUAGUGUAUAUAGGGCCUAUAAUAUAGGCAGGCUAUAAAGAUUAAGAGUAGUGUUUUUGUAUCUGUGUAAUAUUACUUUUCAUUUUUUUCCCCUUAAUAUAUAGCGACUAAAAGAGCUUAUAUCAUUUGAAUUGAAAGACAAGCAGAAAAAGGGUUAACAAUAGUUUCAUUAACCAGGAUAUUAUGCUAUCACUUUUGAAGUUGGACAAGAUUUCAACUUUAGUUUGCAAUCUCACAGGAAAUUAAAAAAAAAAAAAAG